AGAUUCCUGGGACGGGGACACGGGGGGCAGAGUCAAGGUCUCCGGCUGGUGGAGGACAAGUGGUCGCCGGUAGGCCUCUCCCAUGACUGUAGUGAUUCCGUAGUGUGCGCUGUAUACAGCCCCCCCCCUACCGGUGUUCUCAGCGCCCCAACCAUGAUGUCCGCCGCCAGGACUCUCCAGCAGUGGUGUGCCCAGCAAUGUGAUGGAUACCCGGGAGUCCGGAUCACCGACCUCACCUCCUCCUUUCGGGACGGCCUGGCCUUCUGUGCGCUCAUACACCGCCAGAGACCCGACCUCAUAGACUUUGGUGCCCUCUCAAAAGAAAAUGUGUUCGAGAACAACCGGCUG